CGUACUUCCGGUUUCAGUUUAGCCUUUUAGUUUGUUUACAAUGGAUUUUAAAAGCGUUUGUGUCCUUUUAGGGAUGCUAAUACAUACUUUUGCAUUUGAAUUUGAUCUUACAGUUGAAGUAGGUGCGGGGAAAAUGGAGUGUUUUUUUCAGGAAAUUAAAACACCAGGCGGGGUUGAAGUUGAAUACCAGGUGAUAGAUGGUGGCGAUCUUGAUAUUAACUUCUUUGUACAAGCUCCUGAUGGCAGAGUUCUCAUCUCUGAACAUAAGAAAACUGAUAACUACCACAAGUUAGACAUACAAACAGCUGGAGAUAUGAAGGUUUGUUUGGACAACACGUUCAGCCAUUUUGCUAUCAAACUUGUGUUCUUUGAGUUGAUAUCAGACGAUGAUGAAGAAGAUGAUGAAGGAAACUGGGACGGGGCUGGUGAGGAAAUCGCACAACUCAUGGAUAUGACACUAGAUGAUUUUAAGCAAGUCCUAGAAAGGAUGGGACAAAACUUGGACAAGUCGAGAAACUUACAGACUGUGUUAAAGAUGUACGAGGCUCGUGACAGGAACAUAGUGGAAAUGAACUUUGAUCGCGUAAACGUUCUCUCUGGUAUCCAGCUGGGUGUAAUGCUCACUGUUGGCAUUGUACAAGUUAUCCUUAUACGAAGUUUGUUUGAAGACAAAAAAGUUUCCGGUCUUCUUAAGACGAAGACAUAGUUUUAUUUUGGACCUUAGUGUUCAUAACGUUUUUAUUUAGGUAUAGUAUAUUUAUGACUUACAAGUGAGUUUAUUGCUGAAAUUGCUGAGUGCACAAAUAUAUUUGUUUUGUUUUUGAAUUUAAAUGACUUUUUGUUACUUAUAUACAUGUAUAAUUUCAUUAUUUCUUCGAGGCAUAAUUCACAAACUGUACAUUGUGAUAUAGAUCAUACCCAUCUUUGUAAGUAGACCUUGCAUUGCAUGAAAAGUUUAAUUUUGACUUGACAGUUAACUAUGAAAGGUUUUGUCUGAAUGAAGAGCAUAAAGUUAUAUCUAUAUUCUUAUUAUAUAAGAAUACUCAUUACUGUCUUGUAUAAUGUAUAUUGCAUUUGCAUUUUGAGGGUUUUAUUUUUGGAUUCUGUUAUAUCUACAUUUAACCUCAAGACUUCACAGUCACCAAAUCAGAUAUGUGUAAACCUUAUUGUUUAUAUUGUUAAUACUAAACCUUGCAAAAAUGGUACACAAACGACACAAAUAUUACUUUUCAGGUUUAUUGAAAUGUUAUUAUAUGUAUGAUACUUGGGUGUAUUUCAAUUGACUGCUAUAACAAAUGUAAGAAAGGCCUUUACUUUAUACAUGUAUGCCAAUGAGUGGAUUGUGUGGUUUAAUAGUGGUGAAUCUUAUAUGGCCUGAUUAUUAUUAUUAUUAUUAUUAUAAGUAGUUGGCUUCACCAAUGAUAAUCUUACCAGGAAGCUUUUUUACGUUUUCUUCACAUGAAAAAAAGUCCAAAAGUCACAUAUUUGUGGGUGGAUAGUGUUAGUUCCGUCAAAUGAGAAUGUAUGCAUAUAUUAUACAGUCUAUAAACAGUUUGUGCUUCACUUGUUGAAAUCCAUGUUUUAGUGUUGUAGAUUGUUUAAAUUGUGAUACAUUAAUACAUUUUGAUAUACUCUUGUUUUACCUGUUUAAUCAUUUUUUGCUCCAGUAUUUUUGUAUACAUUGAGAUUAGCUACAUUUGUACAUGUACUUAAUCCUGUGUACCUUGAAUGAACAAAUUCAUGUGUGUUCUUUGUAUGAACAAAUUUUUGUAAUUAAUAAUGCAUUAGGUUUUCUGUAUAGGAUUUUUUAACAAACUGUCAACAUCUGCAUUGUUAAAAAACUUGUUCGCUCUUCCAAUAUAUUGGCAAGAAAGGCAACACCAAAUUGAUUUUUGUGAUUAGUGUCAAGCCCCUAUUUCAAAAUCUAACUACCAGGCUUGAAAAAAACAACAACACUUGUCAUGAAAAAACAAGCAUAUAGUUCUUGCUUCAACCUCUUUGAAAUUUAUACUGCAUGCAUUCCAAAUACGGUAGCAAUCCAGCAGUGUAAAACUUGAAGACAGCACUAAGCACCAGUCAUCGAAAUUAGACUUUUGGAUCAACAAGCCCGAAUUAUUAUAGUAUUGCUUGGCAUCAAAUUUUCUAACAAGGCCUGCUAUAUAAAAUUCAGAAUUUGAGCAAGCCCGAAAGACAUUUUACCAGUGCAGGGCUUGCGGGCUUGUGCUAAUUUCGACCACUGAAGCACUUGCAAGUUUUUUAAUGGUUCGUAAUAUACUUCUAAUUCUGUUUAAGUAUUAAACUAGCAUCAAAAUAUUAGCAUAUUAGCAUCAGUGUUGUUUGCAGUAUUCUUUUUAUUAUUUUAUUUUUUCAAUUUGGCAGACUCAUAUAUCUACCAGGUGGAAGACCCGAAACAAAUAAUCAAUUUGCUAUGUCCUAAUUUAGUACACAAGUCAUAUUAACAAUGGCAACUACAUAUAUGCACAGGAAGUCCUUGGAUAAAAUGUGGAGAUAUAAUUGCUCUUUAACCAGCUAAGAAAAUCUGACCAGCAUGGCAUCUGCAUGUGAUGCUCAAAAAAAGUAGAAUGGUAAUUCUCAGAUUUAUAACUUAAAAGUAGUUUAGGAUCAGGGAUGUGAUUUGUCUGUUGAUUCGAAAAUGUUAAAGUAUUGACCCUCCAGUUUGCUUUAAAUGAAGCCGUAUGAGACCUCCAAAGGGCUUCUAAAAUGCCACUUUUGCUUUUGUGGCAGAGCGCUUUGCCCCCUUUCAACCCAUUGGGUGACUAGGGGAGCCUAUAAAACCCCUCGCCAAAAUGGUUCCAGCUUCUGCAUUCAGGUAGAUCACAUCCCUGAAGAUCACAAGAAUACAUCUUGCCAAUAAUAUGUCAUAAAAAUAUAGUGUGUGUGAAUUCAGCAGAUAUUCUCAUUUUCUAUAUUAUGUUAUAUUUUCUAUUGCAUUUGGCUGUUAAAUCAUGUUUAGACAUUUUUAAAAACACAAAUUCGAACAAAUUACUCGGUAAUAUUUACAUCACUUUCAGAACAAAGUCAUCUUAAUUGUGUUCAAUUAGUUUGAUUACUUAUAGAACAAUAAAGUUUGCUCAAGUAUGUUAUGCAAGCAUUUAUAUGUUGUAGCGUCUUCUCUUGACCACCUGCUGUACAUUUAAUCCAUCUGUCGCAUUGCAUGUACCUAUAUAAUGAAUGCCAAUUGUCACAGCGAAAUUAUAUUUGGGAUGGAAAUAAAAAAAUAUUUGGUAAAAAUA